AUGACACUCCCUGGUACAAUGUUAGCGCCAGACAACUCAUCGCCUCCUGAUCCAACGUCGUAUGUCACCAGACUUCGCUCGUAUUUCUCAAGUCUUCCACCCAUGCAUCCGCGUGACCAGUCUAUUCCCUCUCAUGUCCCACUAGGCAUUGACAAAUGGACUUUUGUUUUUGUUCGGGAUGAUUCUGUCAAGGGACCUCUCGUUUUUCCUUAUAAGAGACCAUUUCGUGUGCUAUCGCGCACACCCAAAACCUUUAGUCUCGACAUCAAUAGUCGGACAGAGACCGUUUCGGUCGACAGACUUAAGAGGGCACAUUUUGAGGUGUCCACACCCUUCGACGACACUCCAAACACGCCCACCUUUGAUCCAUUGCAACCAACUACACAUCCACCCACAUAUGCACCUUUGACCACACCAUCACCUACACAUCCACCUUCGACACCACAACUUAACACAAACACACCUUAA